AUGAACGUCGAAGGCAAGGUCUUUGCAGUCACUGGCGCAGGCUCGGGAAUGGGAGCCGCCAUUGUUCUCCUCCUGGCUCGUCGGGGUGCGCGUGCGGUCGCUGCCAGCGAAAUCUCUGCCAAACGUCUAGAGGCUAUAAAAGAUUCUGCUGCCCAACUCAAUCUAGGGACUAAGAUUCGCAUGACCGUCUUGGACGUGGCGUCUUCAUCGGCCGUGGAGGACUGGAUUCAGGACGCGAUCGCGACCUUCGGAGACCUGCAUGGCGCUGUUAACUCCGCGGGCUUGCCGCAAACAAAUUGGGGUCAGACAACAGACAAGUCGUGGAACCGGGUCUGGGGAAUCAAUCUCGAUGGCGUCUUCUAUUGUACUUGUGCUCAGAUUCGCGCCAUGGAGGCGCUGGGAAUUCCCAAGAGCGACCGCGCGAUCGUGAAUAUUGCUAGUAUGGCUUCGCUGAAACACGACCCAGACGUCUACGCAUACCGGUCCUCCAAAGCUGCCAACGCGCAUUUCACGCAGAGUGUCGCUGAGGACGUCUCGAAGUUUGGGAUUUGGGUCAAUGCUGUGUCUCCGGGGUCGACUGCAACUCCCGUGUUGAGAGAAUUCACUGGUGGUAAAGAGCCACAACUGAACGAUUGGAAAAGCCGAGGGUGGAAAAUAAUCGAGCCGGACGAUGUCGCCCGCGUGGUUGUUUGGCUCCUUAGUGAGGACUCGCGAUCAGUGUUUGGAGCCAACCUCAACAUUGGUGCUGCGCUACCAUAG